ACGAGGAUACUGCCAGAAACAGUGCCUGUUUUGCCCCUUGCUCUGGUGGUCUUCCAGCCAAGCACCAUGAUACCUACAGUAAGACCAGGCAUGUGGUACUGGAAAGAUGAUACUAACACCCUUGAAUUUGCAAGCUCCAGUCCAGCAGUUGAGAAAAACCUUAAAGAAGGAAAAAAUACUCUCUUUCAGGAAAUAUGUGCAAGGACGUUAAAGAGCAUCUUCCAAGACGAUUGCAGUUCAAAGCUCCCUGAAAGAAAGCUGGCUGACAAAGAAGGAAAAUUGCAUAUGAUAUCCCAGUGGGCACAACAUGAAUAUGUGAUGUUAGAUGACGUCAGAUAUGCUGCUUUGCUUUUGAAAGACACACGUGAGUCACAUCACAUGUUGUCACUUGAAGUAGUUAUGGGGAACGAGAAACUAGAUGACUUCCUCAUGGCCCUGCUCUUCUACAUAUCUUUUUACCUGGAAAAAAUUGCCCUGGAAAAGAAAUACAGAUCCUUGACUUUGACUAUGAUAUCUUUUGAGAAGACAGAAACGGACAAUGUGUCGGAGAAGUUAGCAAUGUCCAGAAUUCACCUUGCCAAGGUGUACUGUAACCCUAUCCUUGGACGGCGUGUGGGCUUGCACAACUUCAGCAGCUAUGUGACUUGGCUUGUGUUCAGACGUAAGCACUUCCAAGUGAUUCGGGAAGAAAUCGGCAGGUUUCUUUUCUCUGAUGUGUUCAAUCCUGCCUUAAGAGGCAAGAAGAAUAUAGAGCUGCAGAAACGAGGAGAUGGAACUGCUGAUGCAAAUACUGCACAAUCGCUGUAUCCAAGAAAAGACCAUGACAAGCGUCUUUCCAUAAGCAGCAUGAUACAGCAGUGCUCACCAGUGCUGAGCACGCUGCUGCCCUUACCAAAGGACAGUGCUCAAUACUUCUUCCUGAACCAGGACUGUCAGGCUAGGGACCCUCAGCCUCGCACGUGUGAUGACCUGCCAGACUUCUCUGAAUUGUUCACUAACAAGGUGGGCUUCAUUGGAGCUCAUUGUAGUGACUUAAAGCCUCUCCUAAGCACAUCUGAGGAGAAAAAGGAGGAGGAGGAGGUUGAGCAGGAGGAAACACAAGGAAGAAAAAGGCGUGACCUCAGUUUGCCAUCUUUGGGAAGCCCCCAAAACAGACUCAGUACUCAGAGCACUGUCCUCUGAAGAGCAGUGGCAGAAGGUGACUGUAAUCAGAGCAACCAGCAGAUGUGAUAUUUGUGUUGAGUGGCAUGGUUUUGCGUUGCUAAAUAAAUCACUUGGAAAUUGCA